GGCAAUCAAGAUUUUUCUUCGUAACUCAAUUGCAAAAAAAGUCAUGAAGCCUCGUUAAGCACGCAUCAGGAUCCUGUUGGAAGAAAUCGAACCAGUUCCAUCUGUAACUAGUUGACUGAACCGCCACUCAACCACCCUUGAUCACGUUCACGUCGUGCGGAUACCUUCCUACAACAUACCAUGGACUCUGGCUCUGUGCGACGCUCCCGGGAGUUCUGGUUGGAGGAUGGCGAUAUCAUCCUCAAAGCGGAAUCCACUAUAUUUCGCAUCACCCGCGGCAUUCUCGUAUACCACUCUCCAGUUCUGCUCCAGAUGAUUCUGCAGGGCAACCCCGAUCCCACGUCGGAAACGGUGAUUAGUGGCUGCAGAGUAAUUAAAGUGGACGAUUCGGCCGUGGAUUGGUACCACUUUUUGAAAGCUAUACAUGAUUCUUCGUACUAUGACCCAACCCGAGAAACCCCCUUUGCUGUCAUCGCAGGCAUCCUGCGCCUGAGCACCAAAUACCAAGCCCGGACACUACAGAAAACGGCGGUGGAACAUCUCCAACGUAUCUUUCCCACGACCAUUGACGAGUGGGAUAGACGUGCAGAUAAUGACACCAUUCAAAAAUUCAGAGGUCGAACGAUAGCAAUUAUUAACCUCGCGCAAGAAACGAAUCACCAGAUUUUGCUGCCUUCGGCUAUGGCGUACUCAUGGGCGAUCGGUCUUGACGGCCUUCUUGACGGUCUUCCGUCAUAUGACGGCAGCCAUGUGGAAUUGGACUGGGACACAAAGCGGAAAUGUAUUCGCGCGAGGGAUAAGCUCGUGCAGGCUGUACGAGGCAGGUUACUCGAGUUCAUACUAGGGAAGGGGGCAGGGAGGUGUGUUACGGAGCCCAAGUGCGAUGAAGGAAGGCUGUUGUCGUUGAGGAUAUGGGAAAAGUUCUUCGGCGAGUCAGUGAUACCGACACCAUUCCGAUUCAUGGUAAAUUGGACGGAUCUGUCGACGAGGCUCUGUGAGCAUUGCAUUGCUGAUGGGAGAAACAGCUUCUUGACAGCGAGGUGGCUGCUGUGGGAUGAGCUGCCUUCGUACUUUGAUCUCCCUAGCUGGGAGGUGUUACGGCGAAGAGAAGAGGAUGAUUGACUUGGCGUAUUUAUGCACUCUCGAAAACAGUAUUU